UAAAAGAUGUUAUAAAAGAUACUAUUUGAAAACAUUUUUUAUUUGAAAGCAUAAUGUGCACAUUCAGUGCAUAUUGAGAACAUACAAAGGGCAUAUAACAUUGGAUGAUUUUGAAUAGGCCGCAAAUAUAGGGUCCUCUGAAAGCUUCAAAUAAGGGAUGUAAUCAUAAAUCUUACCUCAUCAUUUGCUCAUCAUUUGGACAUUGGAAGGAUGGCAAACAUCUACUCAAAGAGUUACCUCAGAUGUUUUACAAUAACAUCAUUGAUUGUAGCAUGUAUAGCUCAAUUCUGGUGUGGAGGUUUGUUUAUUUUUAAUGUAUACUCAUUGGCAUUGAAACACACCUUCAACUACACACAGAGUGACAUUGAUAUGAUGGCUGCCCUGUGUCACUUUGGAUUUCAUACUGCAUUCCCAGCUGGGAUAGUCCAGGAUAUGUUCGGACCUAGGGUUACAUCAGCCAUGGGAUUAAUCCUAACAUCUACAGGAUACUUAUUGCUAUGGAGCACAACGAAGAGCAUUGAGUUUUACACUUACAAAGCAGGAUUGUUGAAGUUAUAUUUCUUCAUAAUUGGACAAGGAGUGACCUACACUUAUAUGGCAGCUGUGACAACCACUAUAAGUAACUUUACCAGCGAACGUCGUGUUCAGGCUUUAGCUAUUCUUGAAUCAUUCUUUGGAGGAGGUGCCUUAGUAUUAACUAUCAUAUACGCUAGUUAUUUUGUAAAUGGCCACAUAUAUGAUGAACAGAACCAAAAUUGGUCAGGCUUUAUUUUGAUACUAACAAUUGGUUCAAGUAUCGCAAACUGUUGCUGCCUUGCUUUCUUACAAAUUGCCCCUCAGUCAGAUGCCAAUGAUGGAGAUGAUGAAGAUAGUGAUAAAGAUGAUAACUAUAUUGCAGCUGAAAGUGAAGAUGAGGAUGAUCUAAAGGAUAUCUUUGCUGAAGUUGUUGAUGACUCUGAAUCUACAGACCUUUUUCAUUCUGGAGACGACGAAAUGAGAGAUAAGACCUCAAUAUAUAAAGUCAUCAAACAAACCUGGUUGGAUUCCAAAAGUAUUUUUACAACUAGAAACUUCCAAAUAAUUCUUUGGUUGAAGAGUAUUAUCUCACCAGUAGGUUUUCUUUAUUUAAUAAACAUCACAGCAAUUUUGAAAUCUGCCAAACUUGAGGCAUACAGUGGCAUAUUUACGAUUCUACGCCCAAUCGCAGGGAUUUUGGCACGUGUUAUGAUUGCUGUGAUUGCUCAAUUGCUGAAAGGGAAGAUAAAGAAAUCUAUUAUUUUGCUUAUUACCAACAUGGGUUUUGUUGUAGGCCAAGGAUUACUUAUUAGUUUAGGAACUAACUUAACAGCAUUACACACAGCAAAUAUUGUCAUAACCAUGGCUCAUUCAUGCUCGUUUGUGCUUAUUGUGGCAAUAUUAAGUGAUACAUUAAGCAAAAACAAAUUUGGUCGUAUGUGGGGAUUCAUUUUAUUUGUGUCCACAAUUUUUAGUUUUUUAUACCCAGCUAUAUUCGGACUAGUCUAUGAUGCACAUACAAAGAUUGGCCAUGUAUAUUGCUAUCGACUGGCCUGCACACAACUUACGUUUAUAUUUACUAGUAUAUUCACCUGUGUUGCUCUUAUACUAAAUAUUGCACUUAUUAUGUACACACCAAGUAUGACCUGAUUUUUCUUGGAUAUUGUUAAAAUUAAAUUAUUGUAUAUAAACAUUACAAACAAAAUUGAACUUUUCUUUAAAUUAGACAAAUCUGAACAUGUGAAUGAGAGUCAAUGUAACCAA